AUGCUCUGGGAGGGGCCAGAGCUGGAGUCUGGGUCGAGCGAGGGGAAGGAGCCCGCCGCCCGGGACCGGCGGGGUCUCGGAGGCCAGGGCGGAGCCACACGACGAGCCCUCCGGCAGAGUCCCUCCUGCAGGCCGCGGCCCCGCGUUCAAAUCCGCCGUGCGACCCUGGGUGACUCGAGCCCUCGGCUCCAGCUGACGGGUGAGGCAGGGAGGCUCUCACCGCCAUCCGGGCUGCUGCGAGGACGGGCGAGCCGGGGUGCCGCUGACCCGAGCGGACAGCCUGGAGUGGAAGCGGCCGCAGCGCGCACGCCGGCCUGCGCUCCGCCUGCCCCUGCCCGCCCGGCCGCGCCUGUCUGCGGCUCCUGUCGGUCUGCUGUGGGACUCCCUCCCCUCGGCCUUCAGCUCGCCUCUGAGCAGGAGGGACCGGCAGGUGCUCCGGCCCGGGGCGAGAGCAGAGCCAUCCCCGGCCGGCGCGAGAGGCCCACCGGCCCCACUGUGCAGGUGUCUAGACAUCUGCGAACGGGAGCCGCACCCCGGCCGGCCGGCCUCGCAGGCUUGCGGGUACCGCUCCGUGGCCCGGUACGCGUGCGGGGCCCGCGGGAGCCCUCGCUCGUAGCCGCCUCCCGCCCUGUCGCCCCGCGUCUUCCCACUUCUGCGACCUGCCCGGGCUGCCCGGAGCCAGGCUGCGCGCACCCCCGCCGGCCAGCAGGGGGAGACCUCGUCCGCCGAAUCCGCAGCCUGCGCUCCCCAGCUCCGGGGCUGGCCCGCAGCCGGGCAGGGGCCGCGCCCGCGAGCGGGGGCGCAGGGAGUCUCGCGGCUUGGGUUCCCAGGGGCCACAAAGGAGUAGCCCGUCCCUAGUACACCGCAGUACCCCGGAGCAGGUGCCGAAGGGAGGAGAGCGCCCCCCGCAUGCUCCCCCAAGCUGCAGAAGACUCGGGUGCCGGCGCAGUGGUGACCCGGACGCCGCCUCCUCCCGCCAGCGCGGGGGCUUUUGUUCCUUUCUGUGACGGGACCCAAAGUCCAUCGGGACACAGUGAACGGUGGCUCCAUGGGGAACAGACCCUCGGGGUGCGGAGACACGCUGUGAGAGGGAGUUAGAGGCCUUGGGUUCCCUGCAGAUGCCUGGCCGGCCUUUGGGCAACGGUCAAACGAGGGCUCCGGGCGGACAAGUUGCA